UAGGUCACUACAAAACCACCAAGUUUGAAUGCAAUAUAUUCAUGGAAGGAUAAAAAACGUCACUAAUACACCUAGUUAGAUGAAAACGACAGACUUUAUAUUUUUGGUUGGUCACGUCGUCCUCAUCUUUUGGCUUUCACCAAGGUCACUGUGAACCAUUUGAACCAUUUGAACUGUGCGAAAUUAUUUCAAAUUUAUGUAUGACCUUGGUUUUCAUGAGUUCCGUAGAUGAGCAGAAGUUUCCAGACCGGGGUUUUGAAUCUCCAGAAUACGUUGAGGACGAUGAAUAUUCCGACUUUGUUCAGACUUAUGAGUCAGUACUUCAGAGAAGAGUUUCUCGUUGGGAAAAGUAUUUCUCUACCCUUCCACCCAAAAAGAGUGCGAGAUUUAAAAGGUUCUGUCGGAAGGGAAUACCGGAUCACAUUCGCCCAACAGUUUGGAUGCAUCUUUCUGGAGCUUAUGAACGAAUGGAAGCUAAUCCAGAUGCCUACCAAAUAGCUGUUUCCAAAGCACCCCCAACACAUAUUUGGAAUGUUAUCUUGGCUGAUGUUCCCCGUACCUUUCCAGAAAACAAACAUUUUCAAGAUCCAGAUGGCCCCAGUAGUAAGCUGGUAUCGUUAAAAAGAGUAUUGUCUGCCUUUGCAGUUCAUUUUCCAAAGAUCGGUUAUUGCCAAGGUAUGAAUUAUAUAGCAGCUGUACUCCUACUCGUUCUUGAUUGUCCACCAAAUGAGAGAGAAGUAAAAGCGUUUUGGUUGUUGGAUGCAUUGAUUAAUCACAUUUUACCAAAAUACUAUUCUUCUGAUAUGUUAGCUGUACGUGUUGACUGUAUGGUAUUCAAUCAGUUGUUGAAAGAUAAAAUUCCCACAGUUCAUAAAAUAAUUAUGAAUUCAGGUAUCACUUGUACAUUACUUGCAACAAAAUGGUUUAUAUGCUUAUUUGCUGAUGUAUUGCCAAUUGAGACAACAAUUCGUGUUUUCGACUGUUUAUUCUAUGAAGGGGAUAAAGUACUCUUUCGUGUAUGUCUAUCAUUGGUCAGAUUACAUUAUAAAGAUUUAAUUCAAUGCAAUGAAUUUCCUAUCCUGAUUACAGCAUUUCGUAACAUGUGCAAAGAUAAACAAACACUAUACUGUCACCAGUUUAUUGAAUCAAUGUUUCGUUCACAUGGUUCAUUGCCCAAAUCAAAAAUUGCUAAACUUCGUAAUCAAUUUACACAACAAAUAGAAAAUGAUACUGGUGAUCCAGAAUAAUUUGUAUGUAUUAUUCAAUAUUAAAUGAAUAGUUUAGAAGAUAUUUUUUAUUGUUUUCCUAUCUAUUCACACUCUUUUCAUGAUAUACAUUCGACUUGUUCAACAUGUGCUUUAAACUCAAUUAAUUCUAAUAGAUUGAUCUUGUUUGAAACAAGUUCAUAUUAGAAAUCAAUAUUGUUGUUGAUCAGUAAAUGAGAUGAUCGACAGUUUGUAGUUUGAUGAAAUCAUCUAUAUUGUCAAUGUUACAUCAUAAUUCCAUUGUAUUAAAGAAUAUUGAUAGUGAUAUACACAGAAUUUAAUGAUCAUUCAAUAUAAGUAGUAUUACAAAACUGUUUAUCAUUUUUCGUUUAUUUAUUUGUUUGUUUUCAUGUCAAUAUGAUUCGCAUAUAGAAUUCAAACCUGUUUAUUGAAAUAUUCUAUUUCUAAUGUUUACUACCUCUUGCUAGAGCAAUUGACUAAUUUAAUUUGUCUUUACAGAUGACUUUAUUGUUUUUGCUUUUAAAAGAUUAUGAUACAUAAAUUUGUACUGAAGUGUUGAAGAGUAAGUACAUUGGUGUAUAAACAAUUCUUCAUGGAUGUGUUUGUUUUUUCUUUUCGCCAAAAAAAUUGACAUUAAAGCGGGUGAAGAACGACAACAAGUAAAAGAAGAAGAAGAAGAAGAGUACAUAUUUUUAUGUUAUCGUUUAUUUGUACUUUUUUGUUUACUUUGUGUACAACCAGUAUUUUAAUUGAUGAUGUCUUUCAAUGAUAGUCAAUUGUCUUUUUGUUUCCUUUUCUUUUCUUUCUUUUCUUUAUUUCUAAGAGAUGAUCUCUUCAUUAAGUUAUUUAUAUUAUCAUUCUCUUAUAUUAUGAUAUAAUACACAAAAUAUAAUAGAUCUUAAUAUGCAAUACAUAUAUAUUGAUUUAUUUUAAUAAAAAUGUUUAUCAUGUGCCUUCAAUGAAACUAUUAUUUAUUUCUAGAUAAUUUGAUUAUUAUGUGUGAACGGUUCCGUUUCUGUGUGCUGCUUAUGGUAGAUUGUUUUGCGUGUGUGUGUGUGUGUGUGUCUGUGCAUUGUGAAAACUCAUAAAUCCUAUGUAUUAUCCCCUUUAUUGAAAUACGCUUUUAUUUAUAUUAAUAAUACUACUGCUAAUAAUCAUGAUAAUACAGUGCAUAUGUAUAUUGUGUAAUAAAUUUUGUUGAUCUGACUUGAGUUUUAUUCUUUGGAUUCAUGUCUACGUCACUUAUCAUAGUUACAUUAACUUUUUUAACUUCCUCUAAAUGUUGAGUUAGAGUAUUCAUUCAUACAUAUUUAUCAUCCACUUCACCUCUUUUAACCAUAUUCUGAAUCCUUAGUCUUUCUCAUUGUCAUUUUAUCUUUUUGAGGUAUCAUGAUUUAAAAACUUUAGUUUUGUCACAUUUUUGUGCCGUGAUCUGCACAGAUGAUAACCUAUAUUGAUGAUCCCGACCGUUGUUGUCACCUAGACGUGGUGGUCGGGCUUGCCUAUUGUGAUGAAUCAACCGACCUAUACUGGCUAAAACAGUCGUUCCUCAAGGUCAUACCAUCCCAGACAGGUCGGUUGAAGAGCGGUAAGACUAAAAGCAGCAAACCAAAGGCAAAGUCGUACUACUGACCGUACAGAAGUGUGACGGCAGUAAGGUGUUUCCUUCAGACAACCAGCAUGACAGCGAUGCUGCCUUCUCACAAAGGAAGGGCGGGGUUGGAAAACAUUGACCCUAAAAAUGCACAUUUCACCUUAUCCCACAAGUGUCCGUCUCCGGCGGUAAGGUCUCAACAAGUACGGAGAUAACACGGAAAUUACUCAUAAAAAGGUCGUUUGUGACCGACCUCAAUCAGUUGUCCCCUGGGCACUGCGGUCACGCUCUCAGGUCACUAAGACCACCUCUAAUCCAAUUUCCUUUUCAGGUACCUCCAGAAGAACCCUUUCACACUGUGGGCAACCGGGAAGUGAUAACUACCCUCAUACUUCUAACAGCACUCAAGACCACUGACUAAGAACGAUGACAAAAGUUUGGAUUCAACAAUGUUCCUUUGGUUAGCUUAUGAAUACUUUCAUACUAACAUUCUGGGUAAGGUUGUCCAAUAGUUAUCGUUUCAUAUGUGAAGCUUAGUUGUUAGAUCCACAAAAACAAACAUUUUUUGUCAAUUAAUUGAAUCUAUUAACAAUCUUCCGUUGUUGGGUAUUAAAAACAUCCGUGUCCGGUAGAGACAGAUAUCUACCUCAUUGAAAUGGAAGAUGGUUGCGCGAUUUCGUGGAUUGGUUGAGCUUAGACAUUAAAACCGUUGGAUGACCGCCGGCUCAGUGGUCUAAAGAUUAAGAGUUCGCGCGCGGGACUGAAGACCUUGCGUUCGGAUCUCACGAGGGAGAUCAUGGAUGCGCACUGCUGAGGAGUUCCACAGUAGGACGAAACGUCCAUCUAGUGCUUCCAGGUUUUCAAUGGUGGUCUAACAUCAAUCGCUUCAUGAUCUCAAUCAAAAACUUACUAAUCUCCACAACUCGUACAUUGUUACCUCAAUGAAGUUAUGAUUUGGAGUAAAAAAUGCUGAAUUAGUUUAAAAUAUUAAAAAAGAAAACAAUAUAAGUCUAUAAGAUAACCAAUUGCUCAUUUAAUUUUUGUUGGAAAACGUUGAUGAUCAGUAAAAUAAAGAAAAAUACUUUUAGAUAUUUAAUUGAAAUGGAUCAAUUAUUUAUGUCACUUCACCAUUAAUUGUGAAGAAUCAUUGAUUAUUUUUUCAGAUUUUUAUUCCCAUAUUCGAUUGUUCAAUAGUCAACUGAUGAAAUGUCAUUACUAUAAUAGUUUGACUGAAUGUACACUAAUCCAUUCGAAUUAAAUUUCAGUGGUUAACAUUUACAUAGGACACAUUCCUCUGAACUAUUAAGUUAAUCUGAUUCAAUGGGUGAAAGUAUAAUUUAUGAAUGAACCAAUCAGAUUUACGAUAACAGGUUUUCGAUUUUGGCACGAAAUUUAUUCAUCUAUUUGGCUAAAUAAAGUUUUGGCAUUAUAGCUCAUGUUCGUUCGUGAUAAAAAGCAUAAAUCUAAUUCCUAACUUUAACUAUCAAGUGUAAAUUAUAAUUCUUAUUCUUCAGACUUUUUUAUAAUCCUCAUUUAGCAUUAGUAAGUAGGUAGACACUUUCAAAGUCACUUUAGAGUGACUUAAAGGUUGUCCAUAAAUUACAGUCUCAUCGAUUCAAUAUAUUAAUUAUAGUAUAUCAAUCAUACAUCGAUUGUAGCAUUUCCAUCCACUUUCAAAGUGGACUGACUUUUAUAAUUAGAUGAAUUAAUAUCUUGUUGUUUAGUAUUCUCAGUAAGAUAUAAAAUUAAGCUGAAAUAAUAAAAAAAUUUAGUGAAUACCUUCACACUUAGAUUUCCCGCCGCUUUACAACCAAACUAACCUUUAAUAAAAUUUGUAUUACCACUUAAUUAUAAUAUAAUCUUACAGAAAUCAUAAAAACUGAAUGGUGUAAUAUACAACUAAAUAUGAAGUGAAUAUCGUCAAUCAAAGGAAUUACUUACUUUAGUUUUGACUCAACAAAUUCGUUAAUCAAACAAAAUAAGUAAAAAGACUUAUCGCAGUCAUUUUUUACUUCAUCUGACCAUUGUUUCCAUGUAAAUUGUAUGAAAUACUAUUUUGGGAAUAAACUUUCACAUAAGUGAAUGAUUCCAUCAUAUAUCACUGAACAUGUCGCCUCCGAAUACUCUGGUACGGCCGAGAAUGGGGGGGAGUCCGAUCUCCCUCUUGAAAUGUUCUCACAUGGCCACGUGCAUACAACCACUACCUGGGAUGUCCUACUCACUACAUGGGUGUUUUUGAUGAAAUUGAAAGGACGAAAAGCAAAUGUCCGGCGCUUCAACCGGGUUGGUGGACAUGGAGAGUCCACCUAGGGGAGUGGGAAAACCCUCAGUCCAAGCCGAUGGUGCACAUGGAUUCCAGGACGCUGAGGGAACAAUUGGCGUAUGGACCAAUUAUUGGUCACCGGCUACCAUGGUACUGUAUUUCCUAAUGUUGCUCUACUGCCCUGUGGAUCAGACGUUCAGGUCGAAGGCUCCAGGUGUAGCUCCUAAGAAAACCACCCGUAUCAGUUUGGGCACCCAGGCAAUAUCCCAUCCCUCACAUAGAUCGAAUGAUUAAUGUGGUGCAUAUGUAUUUGGUGCCUCCUUAUACCAAUGUUUAUGUGCUUAUAUAAAUAAGCUAACAUGUCUUAAGAAUAAUAAUUUAUUUAUCCAUGUAUCUUUAUUAUAUUCUGAUAUUUAAUGAUCAUGUAAUAUCUAAAACACUAGAAAUUAUUUCAGGUAUGUAAAUCACAUGAGUAAUUAUAUUUUCUAUGACCGGAUUAAUUUAAUAUACAGUUUAAAGUACUGAAAUAUUGUAUGAAGGUAAUUCUUAAGGUAAGUUAUAUGUUUACUUACUUACGCCUGUUACUCCUAAUGGAGCAUAGGCCACCGACCAGUAUUCUCCAAUCCACUCUGUCCUGGGCCUUUUUUUCUAGUUCCAUCCAAAUCAUGUUCAUUUUUCUCAUGUCUGUCUCCAUUUCCCGGCGUUAUGUGUUCUCUGGUCUUCUUCUUUUCCUUUGGCCUUAAAGAUUCCAUGUGAGGGCUUGCAUUGUGUCGUAGUUGGGUGCUUUCCUCAAUGUAUGUCCUAUCCACUUCCAGCGCUUCUUCCUGAUUUCUUCCUCCGCUGGGAUCUGGUUUGUUCUCUCCCACAGUAGGUUGUUGCUCUAAGUUUCUCGCCAACGGACCUAAAGUAUUUUGCGUAAACAAUUGUUAAUAAACACCUGUAUUUUCUGGAUGAUGGCUUUCGUAGUUCUCCAGGAUUCCGCCCCAUACAGUAGAACUGUCUUGACAUUUUUAUUGAAAAUUCUGAAUUUAGUGUUGUUCGACAGACAGUUGUUUUGAGUUCCAGAUGUUCUUCGGUUGUAAAUAUGCUGCUGUUGUUUUGCCGGUCCGUGCCUUCACAUCUGCAAGUAAACCGGAUUAUUAUUAUUACUUUUUGAUUGUAGCAACAUUGGAUUUCAAAUUUCCUAAAUUAUUCUAUUCUCAAGCCUUAUCAACUGGACUAAAUUGAAUCCUAGGUGUUCUAUCCCGAUAAGAAUAAUGAAUGGUGACUGUUGGGAUCCAUUUAUGGAGAAAUACUAUACGUAUAUUAUUAUCGUAUAAUUCUUAAAUAACUAAACUGUUUAUAUUCAUGUCGCUCUUAUUAUAAGCUUUAUUUUGACCUAUGGACUACUAUUAUACGUUUUACCAUUCUGGAGUUGUACCCUGUCUGUUAAUUACUACCUCCCUCAUUCACAGCCACAUCUGGCUAAAACUUGUGCAAAUGUUAUUUUCUAUUUUAUGGUACGAUGUGGUCUGUAUGGUUUCUAUAUAAACCCAGUAUAUUUGAAAUACAUGAUUCAUAUUGCAGAGGCUAAGAUUGGUGUUCUGGACUUAACUGGCUGGGCUAGACAGAGAGCAGGGCCAAUCAGGACUCUAGGCUGUUCACAUGUGUUUUAUGCGUCACUGGUUCGGUCGAUAAUUUCUCUACCCUCUGAUUUGCAGUAUCGUUGCGUUAUCCAAUAUACAGGGCACACAGGUUCACAAGUUAUAACACUAGGGAUACUGGAACUUUACACCUUUUAUUUCAACGGUUAAAUUAAUAUACACUAACGUAAAAAAUUAAUAUAGAUGCUUCAAUCUUGAAGAUCAAAUCUAAGAAAAUAUAAACGUAACUCUAUUCAAAAGGGAUUGUUUUUUUACAAACUUUUCGAUGUGUCAAUGUUAUAAAUCCAAUCUGCUAAAUAUUUGCAAUAAUAAACAAUUUGAAUAAUUACUGAAAAAAAUAAAAUACCGGACAAUGACAUACAUUGAUGUGAAACUUCUAAACAUACACUUAUUUAUUGAUAAGUCUUGCUAAUCGAAUGUUGGAUUUGUUUCCUGAAUUCUUCUAGUAACCCUCAAGUUAGAUCGACACAGAGACUUGGACACGAGAGGAAAGGCGCAAAAUAUGUAAGAAACACUUUACCCCAAAGGUUUUUUUAUGUGCAGAAAAUAUAGGAUUUUUAUAGUAUUUUAGAUGUCCUUGGGUUUCUUGAAAAUUCUAGAAUGCUACUAAACAUAGUAGCAGUGCAAGUAAUCAUCCAAUCAGAAACUCUAUAUGUGACUUUCCACUUUCUGGAUGUUUUUGGUCAAACGUCUAGUGAUCGCAAUUGGAUAACAUGCUUUUCAGUGUUCUCACAGCCUUUCUUGGCCUUUCUGGAUCUUUCCAACAUUUGAUUUCAUCUUACUUAUGUGUUUGUCACAAAGUUCAAAAGUGAGUACACCGAAAUUCCCUUCGGUUCAACACAUAUUGAAAAUUUCAUCUAAUCAUUGUAAUAAGGUCCAUCUUAAUGUUGUAUCGAUUGCCGAGCAUAUUAUUUAUUGGAUUAUCUAAAACAAAUGAUAGGACCUGCUAGCGUUAUUUAAAGUUGUAAACAAAAGGUAUGUUUGACUUAUGGUUUUAAUUUGAAUGCUGUCUUUGAACUGAAUCAUUUAGCUGUGACUCUUCCAUCAACAUUCCCAGCGAUAUCAUUUGAGCUUAUUUUAAAUGUGAGUGAAUGUUUGAUUUUCCCAUAAUCAGUCUACUCUGAGAGGUUUGUUAAUGAUUGUCUGUUCACAGAAGCUUUCUUACCUUUACACUCACAUCCACCUUCUAUUUUGUUAGUCUAAUGAAUGCAACACCAUCUGGUUAGUGUUUUUUAGGCAAUGUUGUUUUCUACAGGAUGAGGUUGAUGACCCCAUGCCCAACCUCCCUCACUUACCCGGGCUUGGGACUGGUAGUAAUCCUAGAAAAGCUACACUAUCUGGUAGAAGUAAAUUUGCUGAAAAUAAUGUUAUUUUAAUUCAUUUUUUCAAGAUCGAGUACAAUGAAAGGAUAGAAAGACGCA